AACGAACUCUAUUUUAGGGCAGGCCGUACGCCGUUUACAUCGUCACUUACGAAACAGAGCUCUAGAUUGGUCUCAACCAAGACUCUAUCCAUUGCGACUCUAUCCAUUGCGAUUGCGAAGAAAGUAAUUUCUUCAUCGGAGAAGGUGGAAACGGAUCUCAGGGUAUUUGGAUCCGGUCUCUAUGGAGAACUAUAUAACUAAAAUAGUUAAUGACUCAACUGUUUAUGAGAGUAUUAUAAGUCACUACGUUUGGUAAUCAACUGUUGCUUUCCGAAACGAAGUGACUUAUAAUAAUCUCAUGAAUGGAUCUAUGUUAACUGUUGAUAGGUUGUUUUUCUCUAAUGAUGUAUUGUAGCUCUGCGUUUCUUGUUCGUUCACUCUUUUGUCAGGUAUUAACAAGAUAAAUCCCAAGCAUCAUCCACCUUAUUAGUCCUUGAACAUGAAGGCUUGUAAAAUGGAUUGAUGCUUGGGAUUUAUUUUGUACUCUCCUCUUCUAAAAGAGUGUUGCCUCCAUAGGACUACCAAUGAUUUCAGGCUUGUUGAAGGAACGUGAUGCUUUUACUUAUAGAAAGCAUGAAAGAUUUGACCUCUCCCAUUUUGUUCUUAACUAUUGUUUUUGUACUUGUGAUAACCAAGAGAUAUGAACAUGUUCUAGUUGAGUCUUUACUCCCACUUCAUGUAUCAAUGGAACAAGGUUGGCUUCAAUGGAACAAGGUUGGCUUCAACUGCAGAUUAAUGAUUAUAGAAACCACGUGAACCAACCAAAGUCCAGGCAAUCAAAGAGAUCCUAUCUUGUAUUUCUGAGUUUGAGCGUUUCUAUGUUCUGUAAAUGUACCCAUACCAUGUGGAAUAAUGACUUUGUGCCAAACAUCACUCUAAAACAUUUCUUGUUAACAUACUCCUUUCUUGCUCUACAAUAAUUCCUCCUCUUUAGAUUGGACGUUGAGGAGAUAACUUAGCUCUAUCAAAGUGUUAUAUAUAAUUCACUGCCUUUUCCAAGUUGCCAAGAUUUUUACUACUUCUCAUAAGAGAACAUUUAUUCAAAAGUUUUGUUGAUAGGUGGUUUUAUUAUGGUUUUUUGUAGUUAAUGACUCAACCACCUUCUGUCAGCCCCUUUAUUCAAACUUUUUUUUAACAAAAGAUUGGUAAUACUUGUGUUUGUCUGAAUCUCGAGGCAGAUAAAUUUUGAGACGAAACAAGGGAUUGGUCAAUACCUUCUGGAACCAGCAGACAUGCAUGCAAUCACAUAGUUUCCUUUCUUAAGUUUCUUUCUCUCUCCCCACCAUGCAUGUGUAUCCAUACAAUCUAUAAAACAGAGAAGAAGCAUCCACAUCUUUUGGCCAUUGCAAGAAAAUGAAACACUUCUACCAAUUCCAACAGCAGCUUGUCCUCUUCGUAGGUCUUGGCUUAUUGCUGUCUCUUCUUGCUUCAUUUGUUAUGAAGUGCAAUGCCUUGGAAGAUUUCACUGAUACAAGCGAUGUAAGAGACUUCAUUUCCAAAUACAAAAACCGCACCGGCGUCUCCAGAAAGCUUCUGCUAUCUCCGGACACAUCUUCGGAGAUAUUUUCAGAUAUUGGCGACGGGACCAAAAGGAUAGGAGAAGAAUGCUCAAAAGAUGAUCUUGUUGUCUUUCAAGGCUCAACGGUUCCACUUCCAAACGGAGUACCAGCAUUUACAGUUGAGAUCAUAAACGCAUGUGCCUCUGAUUGCAGCGUUACGGAGAUCCACGUCAGUUGUGGCUGGUUCAGCUCGGUCAGACUGGUUAACCCUAGAGUUUUCAGGCGACUCUCCUACGAUGAUUGUCUGGUCAAUGAUGGUCAACCUCUUUCUCCUGGACAGACACUCUCCUUUCAGUAUGCUAACAGCUUCUCUUACCCUCUCUCUGUCUCUUCAGUCUCUUGCUUCUAAUUUUAGACGUAUUUUCCACGGAACUGUGCUUCAGUUUUCAUCAAACCAAGAUGUUGGAUUGAGUUUGUGUUCUUCAAACCAAGGUCUUGGUUAGCCUACUAUUGUAAGCCAGUUUAAGUUUAUUAGUGUUAAUGUGGCAUUGGUGAUUGUGUUCAAAAUUACUUAGGGGAGACAAAAAGAGUUGAUUUAAUUUAAACAACUUUACAUUUGAAGAUGGUAA